AAACUCGUAGCGGAUCCGCGCUGUCAGCAGCUCCCGCUAAACGCACAGUAUCUCGGCGCUGCUGUGCACAGUUGCACUGUAUCACAGACCAUGGGCUGCUCCUCCGCCUCCCUGCUGCUGCUGCUGCUGUGCACCGGACUCGCCGCCGCUUUCCAGCUCACCGUGCUCCACACCAACGAUGUACACGGGCGGGUGGAGCAGACGAGCGAGGACUCGGGCAGGUGCGGCACCGACACCAGCCGCUGCUUCGCCGGCGUGGCCCGCAGAUUGACCAAGGUCAAGGAGCUGCGGGACCGCGAUGCCAACGUGCUGUUGCUGGACGCGGGAGAUCAGUACCAGGGCACCAUCUGGUUCAACUACUACAAGGGCAGAGAGGCUGCUCAUUUCAUGACCAAGCUGAGCUACGAUGCCAUGGCCUUGGGCAACCAUGAGUUUGACAACGGUGCCGAUGGUCUUUUGGAGCCUUUCCUCCGCAACGUUACGUUCCCAGUGCUGAGUGCGAAUCUUAAAGAAGAUGCAGACCAAGUCCCAAGCCUCAAGGGCUACUACAAGGCUUCAACUGUGCUGAUGAGAGGUGGUGAGAAGAUUGGCGUGGUUGGAUAUACCACUAAGGAAACCCCAACUCUCUCCAGCCCAGGGCCGCACCUGAUCUUUGAGGAUGAGAUUGUGGCCAUACAGCGCGAGGUGGACAUGCUGACGAAGCAGGGGGUGAACAAGAUCAUCGCCCUGGGGCACGCGGGCUUCCAGACCGACCAGCUGAUCGCGCAGAAAGUGCGGGGAGUGGAUGCGGUGGUGGGCGGACACAGCAACACCUUCCUUUACACAGGCAUGGCUCCUUCCAACGAUGUACCAGUUGGCCAAUACCCAUUCAUGGUGAAGUCAGACCAUGGGCAGUUGGUCCCUGUGGUCCAGGCCUACGCGUAUGGGAAGUACCUGGGACAUCUGCAGCUCACCUUCGACAACGCGGGCCUAGUGACGGAGAGUAAAGGGAACCCCAUCCUGCUAAACAGCAGCAUCCCCCAGGAGAAGAAGUUGCUGACAGAUGUGGACAGGUGGAAAGCCUCCCUGGCCAAUUUUGGGAAAGAAACCAUUGGCCGGACCGUGGUGUACUUGGACGGGACCACGGGGGGAUGCCGGAAUCUGGAAUGCAACAUGGGGAACUUGAUCUGUGAUGCUAUGAUCCAGCAAAAUAUCAGAAAGCCAGACGAUCUGUUUUGGAGCCAUGUAGCCAUUUGUCUGACGGGCGGGGGCGGUAUCCGCGCACCGAUCGAUGAGCGGAACAACAAUGGGACGAUCCAGGUGCAGAACCUGCUGACGGUUUUACCGUUCGGCAGCACCGUGGACCUGCUGCAGAUCCUGGGAUCCACUCUGCGAGCAACAUUCGAGCACUCGGUCCGGCGCUACGGGGCGAACACCGGCGAGUUCCUGCAGGUCUCAGGUGUCCAUGUGAAGUUUGAUGUGACGAAACCUCCAGGGAGCCGGGUGGUCAAGUUGGACGUGUUGUGUGCGAAUUGCCGGAUACCUGAGUACACACCUCUCAUCGAUAGCCAGGUCUACAAAAUCGUUACCAGCUCCUACAUCGCCAAUGGGGGAGAUGGAUUCUCAAUGUUGAAAAACGAGAAGUUGAAACACGACACAGGCAGCACGGAUAUAUCGGUGGUCUCGGCUUACAUCAAGCAGAUGCAACUGGUUUACCCUGCGGUUGAAGGACGGAUCCUGUUCACGCAAAGCAGCGGCACACACCCCACCAUGAACCUACACUUCACAUUGCCGCUCUUCUCGAUUCUUGCCGGGUUCCUGCACUUGUAGAUCCUGGCGAGUCACGGCGGAAGAGUUCAGGGAAAUAGCAGCUUGCCUUUUUUAAUUUAAAAAAAAAUCAACGUAAAUUGGACACAAUGACAGCAACCAAUCCAAUCUUCUCUUCCAAGCCAGCAGCAGGUCAAUCCCCAGCCUGACUGUGGGACCCAGAGACACCGGAGCUUUCUGAGAUUGCAGUGAGUUCACCAAAUUCAAUUGCAAAACCCCACGUUAUUUAUGAAGGAUACAAGGAACUGCAGAUGCUGGUUUACAAAAGGAAUAGGGCACAAAGUGCAGGAGUAACUCAGCGGCUCCGGCAGCAUCUCUGGAGAACAUGAUAGGUGACGUUUCGGGUCGAGUGGCUUCUUCAGACCGGGUGAAUCUCACCUGCACACUCCGCUGCACACAUGCAUCCUUCCUGCAGUGCAGCACACAGUGUUGCAGCAGCUUUAUAAGGUUGCAAUGGACAGGGACCUUUCACACAGACCAGACUCCCCACCAUUGACUCCAUUUACACUCCUCGCUGCCUCAGUAAAGCAGCCAACAUAAUCAAGGACUUGU